CCUCUUUAUUUUGAAUCCCUAAUUGGCUCAUUUUGAUUGGGUUAAAGACCUAAAUUUAAAUUCGUCGGCCAAAAUAAGGAUCUGUUGGAUGCCCUAAAUAAAGAAACACAACGAAUCCAAAUAAAAUUGUGUUUCCCCCUAAUUUCUUUUCGGUGUUAGUGUUUUCCCCUAAUUAAGUGUUAAGAAAUAUAACCAGAAAAUUGACUCAAUUCAGUAUUUUUAACAGUGUAUUUUUCGGGAGGAAAGUUUCGCUGUUAAAAUGGCGAAACGAGAGCUCUCGAGUACUUUGAGGGGCUUGAAGUUCAUGCAAAGGGCUGCUCAGAGAGAGGAUAAAGUUAAGAAAGAAGAGGUUAAACCUGAAGAGAGUAGUGCUAUUACUAGAAAAUGUGUGUUCAUUAUGGAAGGGGAUCCCCAUCCAGGAGCAGUUGUCGGACUGAUGUCAUUUCUUAGUUUCAAUCCUUCUAUUGAUAAACUAAAUGAAGAAGCAUCAAAUGCGUGCCGGCCAAAGGCCUCUGGUGGAAGAACUUUAUCUAGUGAAAAUGGAUCUGUAUCCGAAGCGGCUAACUGCUCGAAGGUCGGCACAGAAUCCACAGAUAGUGGAGACCUUAAGAGAAAACAAUCUGAAAUGGAUUCUGAACCACAUAAAUCACGAAAAAGAGAUCAUGGAGUUCAAUCGUCACCAAGCACUAGUAAAGCCUCCAAGAAGCAGUCAAAGCGUGAGAAGCUGGAUUGAAAUGUUCUCAGGCGACCAAAGUCUCCUAGGUGAUCAUAGUUGGGAAAUGUUCUUCACCAUUAUCAGUCCGUUAACAUAAGUUUUCAGGUUCCUGCAGUUGAAUACGUAGCCUUAUUAUGAAAUUAUGGAAGCUCAGCCUUUAUAACUUCCAAUUUUUGUUCCUUUAAGUUAAUUUGCUCUUUCUUUACCCCUAUCCUCCGAUGUGCAUGUCAGCUCUUAUGGAUAGCUGAAGUAGUUGCCUGGAAUGUAAAUUUAUUAUGACAAACAACUUGAAUGAACUUCCAGUUGCAUUCUGCUUGUGUUGAA